AUAGAGCAAUAGAGACAAUUAAAACCUCUUUUAGGGUUUAAGGCGUCGACUUCACUGGUCUUCCGUUCAGUGUCAGGUGGUUACCACUCCCCCAACUCUUUCUUGCUAAAAUGGCUACCAAAUUAUUGGUCUCAAGAGCAGCAGCUAAAACCCUAAAUCAAAUUCUCAGACCUUCUUUGGUUGACUUCUCGUUGUUCUCCUACUCUGCGACCUCUCAAUGCCUCAGAAAUCUUCACUCAUUUGUUUCGGAGCGAUUCCACUUCCUUAAAUCCGACAGAAUUCAUCCCUGUAAUUCAAGGACAAUGGUCAGAUGUUCCAUUCCCCGUUACGAUAAUACGGAAGCUAUUUCGACCGACGAGAAUGCUGAUACUAGGGUUCCCGCCACUGUCAUCACUGGCUUCCUGGGUUCAGGAAAGACAACUCUCCUGAACCACAUUCUAACUGCUAAUCACGGCAAGCGUAUCGCUGUUAUAGAGAACGAGUUUGGAGAGGUAGACAUUGAUGGUUCAUUAGUUGCAAGCCAUUCCUCUGUGUCUGAGGACAUUGUUAUGGUCAACAAUGGCUGCCUAUGUUGUACUGUAAGAAGAGAUCUGGUUAAAAUGCUUUUAGAGUUGGCUAGGAAAAAGCGAGACAAAUUUGAUCAUAUUGUUAUAGAAACAACAGGUCUUGCCAAGCCUGCUCCUGUCAUUGAAACAUUCUAUACAGAUGAGUUGGUUGCACGGUAUGUUAAACUUGAUAGUGUUGUUACUUUGGUUGACUGUAAGCAUGCCAUGCAGCAUUUGAAUGAAGUCAAACCAAGAUUUGUUGUGAAUGAGGCAAUUGAGCAAGUUGCGUAUGCAGAUCGUAUAAUCUUGAACAAGAUAGAUUUGGUGAAUGAGACUGAGCUAGAAGCCUUGAUGAAGAAAAUUAAGCAUAUCAAUGGGAUGGCACAAAUUAAGAAAGCUACAUAUGGAGCUGUUGACAUUGACUUUGUCCUGGGUGUGGGAGGAUAUGAUCUUGAUAGAAUUGAAUCUGAAGUUCAGCUAGAUGGAUCACAUAGCUUAACUCAGCACCAUGAGGCAGGGCACGAUCAUCAUGAGGGACAUCAUCAUAAUCAUACACAUGAUUCUGCUGUGUCCAGUGUCAGUAUAGUUUCUGAGGGAGUUUUGGAUCUUGAUGAGGUUGAUGAUUGGCUUGAGAGGCUAAUUGAUGAAAAAGGGGAGGAUUUGUAUAGGAUGAAAGGGGUUUUAUCUGUGAGUGGUUCUGAUGAGCGUUAUGUUUUUCAGGGGGUGCAUUCCAUGUUGGACGGCAGCCCAGGCAAAGCAUGGGGGCCAGAUGAGAAAAGAAUAAACAAGCUUGUCUUCAUAGGAAGGAAUUUGGAUGAAACUGCCUUAAGAAAAGGCUUCAAAGGUUGUUUAGUGUGAACAAAGGCAUGGUUCUGUCAAAAGGUGUCGUUACUAUGUGUGUCUAAUGAAACCAGCAUGCAGAACCAGGUCAAAUUUAAGGGCAUUUCUGCAGGUAACCAUAUCCAAGGCAUAUUGAGGUUAUGAUGUGGAUAGUUAGUAUGUGUAUGCCUUAGCUCCUUUCAAUGCACCAGACCCAGUUGAUAUGAGAUGGGAUCUGAUUCAAAGUUUCUGUAAAAUGUGGAUGGAUUUCUUAUAAUUAACAAAAGUUUCACAUGAACUUGCUAGAUUGCUUGUUCAAAGGGAUUUUGUCAAUUUUUUAUCUGAUGAAUUUUAUUGCCAAGGUACCAUAUCAAACAUGUCACAACAAAUGUAUUGGUGAGAACUUCUCAGAAAUGGGACUAUAACCUGCUGCAAUGAUUAAGCUAGCACUUUGAAUUC